CUCAGAUAACCCCAUAUUGUCAGUUCUCCAAGAUGGCCGCCGGUCUGUGCCGUGUUUCGCUGCUUCGACUUUCAAGAACGCUUUCUCCCGGAGCAAAUACAUGGCGUUGUGCCUCCACGCGCGCGUCCUACAGCCAGACCCUUCUCAACGUGCCGGAGACUAAGGUGACCACGCUGGACAAUGGCUUCCGGGUGGCCAGCGAGGACUCAGGACUGCCCACCUGCACGGUCGGGCUGUGGAUCGACGCGGGCAGUAGGUACGAGAACCAGCGUAACAACGGCACCGCUCACUUCCUGGAGCACAUGGCAUUUAAGGGUACAAAGAACCGCUCCCAGAUGGACCUAGAGCUGGAGGUAGAGAACAUGGGAGCCCACCUGAACGCCUACACCUCACGGGAACAGACUGUCUACUACGCCAAGAGCUUCUCCAGGGACCUGGGAAAAGCGGUGGAUGUCCUGUCUGACAUCAUCCAGAACAGCACAUUGGGUGAGGCUGAGAUUGAGCGAGAGCGCGGCGUGAUUCUACGCGAGAUGCAGGAGGUAGAGACCAACCUACAGGAGGUUGUGUUUGACCACCUCCACGCCACGGCGUACCAGGGCACCGCGCUCGGGCGUACCAUCCUUGGACCCACCGAGAACAUCAAGUCUAUCAGCCGCCAGGAUCUGGUAGACUAUAUCAGCACUCACUACAAGGGCCCACGGAUUGUGCUGGCAGCAGCAGGAGGUGUGAACCAUGAUGAGUUGGUGAAGCUGGCAGACAAGUACUUCGGCCAGCUGAGUAUGUCAUACGAGGGCCAGGCACCACCCGUCCUGCCACCAUGCAGAUACACAGGCAGUGAGAUCAGAGUAAGGGAUGACAAGAUGCCAUUUGCCCACAUAGCCAUGGCUGUGGAGGGAGUUGGCUGGUCUCACCCAGACACAAUCCCCCUCAUGGUGGCCAACACUUUAAUAGGCAGCUGGGACCGUUCUUACGGAGGUGGAAACAACCUGUCCAGUAAGCUGGCCCAGGCCGCUGCUGAGGGGAACCUGUGUCACAGCUUCCAGUCCUUCAACACCUGUUAUACAGACACUGGGCUCUGGGGCAUCUACUUCGUGUGUGACGGCAUGACCAUUGAGGAUAUGACGUACUAUGUCCAGGGAGAAUGGAUGCGUCUGUGCACGAGUGUGACGGAGGGCGAGGUGCAGCGCGCCAAGAACCUGCUGAAGACCAACAUGCUGCUGCAGCUGGACGGAUCCACACCCAUCUGCGAGGACGUCGGCAGGCAGAUGCUCUGCUACGGGCGCAGGAUCCCGCUCAACGAGCUGGACGCUCGCAUCGACAGCAUUACAGCUGGCACCAUCCGUGAUGUCUGCACCAAGUACAUCUACGACAAAUGCCCUGCAGUAGCAGCAGUUGGUCCUGUGGAGCAGCUUCCUGACUACAACCGGCUACGAGGAGGCAUGUACUGGCUGCGGUGGUAACAACACACAUCGCCUGCCCGGGGAGAGAUCAGAUUAUCCAAUAGUAUUAUCUGUCAUUGUUCAAGAAAUUUGUCUAUGAAAUGUCCACUCCAAGUUUGAAGUCUAAAUCCUACACCCCAUGUAGUGACAUCUGCAGAAUUUAAUAG